AUGGACGAUGAACUUUUGACAGCCGUCGCUCGCACUGAGGUCAGCGAUUACUUCAACGAAACAACUCGAAAGCAGCGGACCACAAAGCCAGCUCCCUGUCAAAUCACUUCUACAGUAGAGGAGAAGUUUAUAGAUUCGGGAUACUCGUCUCCAAAUGACCCAAUCUCAUUAUCGGAAUGUCGAGACGAGCUUCAGAACAGCAAGCCUCUAUACGGCAGAGGAAUUCCAAUCAAGUUAGGGGGGCAAAACCUUUUGAGAUUCAAAGCACCACCUGACAAGUCAACGAAUGAUCGCUUCAAGUAUAUGACUGAUCAGAUAGAGCCACUUCUACUGGCCCGACUCAAAAAGACCGACGGACGAUUCGGUCCCACGGCAAUUCGUAAAAUGAUACUCGGAACAUCUGAAGAGGACGCACAUGAGCAUCUUGUUGUGCUUUGUCCCAGUCAACUGGUCGAUAAUAUUAAAGAAUUCUUCGAGAAGACCAAGAUAGUCAAACAACUAUGCGAAUCAACUGAACAGACUUCCUCAGUCAGCAUCAUAGUUGAAGGACGAGAGCCACGUUUAACAGCAAAGCUAUCGCACUCGCUUAUGUCUAUGGACCGAACUUCAAGCGACUUUGCCGACUUUGGGAGAUCUGAUAAGUGGAGCCUAUGUGGACGUGCUCUGAGUAUCAAGAGUACCCAGAGAGACGUUAGGGUCGCUACUUGUGGCGGGGUGAUCAAGGUGCUGAAUCCUGCAGGUCGGAGCACGCUGUACGGAAUGACGGUUGGCCACGUCUUCGAUGAUGAGAACAUGGCAUGCUCAAGAGACUACGAUUUCGAGAGACAUAGCUACAAAGCGUUCUCGCGUGAACUGAGCGUAUAUGGGUGUGGUGACUGGGAGAUACUCAAUCUUCUGAUGUUCGGCUCGAAUAGAUAUCGAACGAGAAAUCCUUCGGGGAGAACUCUAGAGUACUCUCUUGCCACUGAGCUUGGGACUUUCACCCAGGAUGCGGCCUGUCAGGAGGUUGAGAUGAUUGCAAACGCCGAUUACUCUAGGCCUGGUUUGCUGUCAAAUGAACCGGCUAGGAUCCUGUUUGAAACGGCUGAUGCCUUCACUCCGGCGUACAUGCUCACGAUGAAUGAUGGCGAAGUUAGGGAAGGCGACUCCGGUGCAUGGGUCGUGGGUUCAGCUUAUCAUGAAGUCUUUGGCCACAUAGUUGCGGCGGAUAUGUUUGGCGACGCCUACGUUCUUCCUCUGGAAGAAACAUUCGAGGCCAUCCGGAAAAGUCUGGGUGCGGCAUCCGUUCAAUUGGCUUCUCCACAAGACUUUGCGGUAAAUGCUACUCGGAUACUGGCAGACUCAGCAAAUCGAGAGAUCUACGAGCUCUCCUCCGAACAAUCAUUCAGCCUAGCUUCCAAAAGAAAAGCGCUAAACCUUGCUCCUGCCGAACAAGGAUCCAAUUCCGAUCCUCCCCAAACCAAGCGUUACAUUUACUCCGACGAAAUUAUUGAAUGCGAUGUCAACCAUUCCUGGGCUUCAGAUGAGGAGGCUAUACCACCAGAUUCCCCGAUUGACCUCGCUUCGUUUGCAGAUUCCGCCUACGGUUCGGCGGAUGUCACACCGACGAUCUGGUACCAAAACGAUCCGCGGACCUGCUCAUAG